AUGGAGCUGUUCUCGGCAGACUCUCCCAAGGUGGAGCCUGUUGUGGACUUGCCGCCGCGCAGUCCGACACCUGCAAAGGAGGCGCCCGGCCCGAUGCUCGUCAACCAUCUGCCAGUGGCAUGGGAGGAGGCUCACGAGACGUUUGUCGAAUUGGAGAGAUGUGUCUAUGAGCGGAAGGAUCUGGGCCUGAGUAGAGAGCAGGAUGAGAUGAUGGUGUGCGACUGUGUGUACGACAAACAUGAUCCCGAUGCGAAGCCUUGCGGACCGUAUUCUGACUGUAUCAACCGAGCUAUAUUCAUCGAGUGCUUGGCUGAAGAAUGUCGUGCCAAGUCGCAGUGUCAGAAUCAGAGGUUCACCAAGCGGCAAUAUGCCCCUGUACAGAUCGUUUUGACAGAAAUGAAGGGGUACGGGCUAAGAGCAGAAGAAAACAUUGCUGCGGGAACACUGAUGUACGAGUACAUUGGCGAGGUGGUGCAGGAAAAGACGUUUAGAAAACGGAUGCAGCAGUAUGCGGAUCAGGGGAUCAAGCAUUUUUACUUUAUGAUGUUGCAAAAGGAGGAGUAUAUCGAUGCGACGAUGAAGGGCGGGAUCGGACGCUUUGCGAAUCAUUCAUGCAACCCAAACAGCGAGGUACAGAAAUGGGUCGUCGGGAGGCGGCUGCGGAUGGGCAUCUUCACCAAGCGGGAUGUACUCCAGGGCGAGGAGAUUACAUUCAACUACAAUGUCGAUCGCUAUGGACACGACGCGCAAACUUGCUAUUGUGGCGAGCCAAACUGUGUUGGAACGAUCGGAGGCAAGACUCAGACGGAUAUCGGGACGAUUGACGACUUGUUUCUCGAUGCCUUGGGAAUCUCUGACGAGGUGGAGGAGUUGGGUUUGAAAGGCAGCAAGAAGAAAAAGUCACGGCAACUGGACGAGGACUGGACGCCCACACUCAAACCCAUUGCGUCAGAGCAAGAGGUGCAAAAGGUGGCCGCGGCGAUUCGUCAAUCGGCGGAGAAUCCAAAGAUGAUGGCGAGAUUGCUGGAACGGGUCAAUAUGACAGAGGAACCGCUCAUUCAUCGGCAGCUGAUGCGAAUGCAUGGGUUCGGCCUGAUGAAUAUGGCUCUCACGCAGCUGGCAGAGGAACGGGAGGUGGUGUUACUGGCUCUCGAAAGUAUGAACAAGUGGAAGCUGCAGAUCAGGAACAAGAUCGAGGAUUCAAAUAUCGAGGAACCGGUCAAGGUGCUGAGCCGGAGUGACGAUCGGGAGAUCAAAUCGGUGGCAAAGACGCUAUUGGACUAUUGGUCGACUCUAGAGUUGUCAUACAGGAUCCCGAGAAAGUCCAAGAUCAGCACUCUCGACGCUGAGGACGAAGCCGCGACCACAACCAUUGCCGAAGCAGAUGUCCUCCCGUCAUACUCGGAGCUCCGACGCCCCCAGGCAUGGGAAAACACCAGCUUCAUUCAGAUCGACAUUGCUCCUGUUCGAGCCCGGCCACCACCGUUCAUGCGGCCUCGACCUCCGCCGGUCGUCCGGCCGCCGCCGACGCAUACUCAUUCGGCCGACCGUUCCAAGCUGGACGCCAUCAUUGCGCUAGCCCAACAGUCUAUGCCUGUGCUUCCCGAAUCACCUGCAGCCGAAUCGAGUCGUUCGGGAUCUCGCUCAGCAGAUCCAGAGAGCGUGGAUCGCCGCAAACGGAUGAAGCGAGAGGAAGAUGGAUCGAGAAAGGAGAAGCGGCUCAAGGUCUUGGUGGGAGACGUCGUGGUCAAGUCCAUGUCCAAAUAUCGGGAGCAGAUGGAUCAUGAUACGUUUAAACGAUAUGCAAAGGAGUGCACAACGAUACUCGUAGAAAAGGAGAAGAAGGGACAUUCAUACGCAUCCUCGAGGCAUCCUCAACUAUCAGAGGAGAAAAAGGCCAAGAUCAAGUCUUUCACCAAAGAAUUUGCCCACAAAGUGCUCAAGCGGCUAAAGGAGAAGGGCAAGCUGAGGCGACCGGAGAGUACAGUGAUCGAGACUCCAAGCAAUGAUCUUCUGGAAAUCCUCGAGUCAGACGAAGACAGUCCGAGCGAGUCCCCGUUGACGGAUCGUAAUGCCAUCCGAGUGGACAGUUUUCGACCGGGUCAUACGCCAUCGCAGACGCCGACAUCGGGUGACCCUUCCCCCACAGUGGAUCCACACAGAUAG